UGGUCAGUCGGCGGUAGUCGCGCGAGUAGUACACAUGUAUGUUGUUCCGACAUACCAAAUCUACUGCCCAUUAAUAUAAAUAUAUAAAUAUAUGAAAUCUUAAUAAUAGUUAUAAGUAUUAUAUCGCGUGUUGAGUAGUUAAAGCCCUUGGCACUCUUCUGACACCCUCGCUUAUAGUCAGUGACACGACUUAAACUUUCUGGGCCAUUGAUACGUGAUCUUGAUACACUUAUUUUUUUUUCUCGGGGACGCGGCUCUAAUUUACUUUAUUCAAAUUAAACAAACUUUUGUGAUACGCUGUGAGUUGUAUGUAACAGUCAGAUUAUCUGUAAUCUAUACCGCGGGUUAAUUGCUUGCAUACGGAGUCGGAGGUUUAUUAGUUUUUAAAAUAAAGCGGGAGUUUAAUUUAAAUGGAAGAGAUAAAUGAUGCAAUGAUGUGAAUUAUUUGUCAGGAAAAUAUAUUUUUUUUUAAAUAUAAAUGAAGUUUUAUAAUUUGUUGUUUGUUGUUUUCCAUUAUUGUUUUUGUAAUGAGUAUCACUCAGUUCGGUAGCAGUGGCAGCGGCGGAAGCGGGAGUAGUUCGAGUGGUAGCACGAGAAAUUUUAAAGAUCGCAUUGAAAGACGUCCUGUAGGUGAAAAAUUGAUGGUGGUGGUACGAAUCAGACCACUCGGACAGGAUGAAGUCGGUCCUAGAGUGUUACAUGCUAUCAAUAAUAAGAUGGUUAUGGUGGAUGAUUUAGAAGUAGAUAAACAAAAACGUAACUCACCAAAGCAAUAUCUGUACGACUUAGUACUGGGUGAAGAUUCAUCGCAAGAAGCAGUUUACGAAGGAACAACUAAAUCACUUGUACAAGAUAUAAUCGACGGAUAUAAUGCAACUGUUUUUGCAUAUGGUGCCACUGGGGCAGGUAAAACACACACGAUGGUCGGCAGUGCUGAGGAACCGGGUGUUAUGGUACGGGCCUUGAAUGAUAUUUUUUUAGCGGCACGUAAACUUUCAAAUGACGUCGACGUCGAGGUAGCAAUGUCAUAUCUUGAGAUAUAUAAUGAAAAUAUUCGCGACCUGUUGAAUCCAAAUACCGGUUACUUGGAGUUGCGUGACGACUCGCGAGGUCGCAAUAUACAAAUCACUGGGCUUACUGAAGUUUCGAUAAAUUCUACGGAAGAGGUAAUGAAAUUAUUACACCAAGGCAAUAAAGCCCGGACUGUCGAGCCGACAGCUGCUAAUGAAACGUCAUCUCGUAGUCAUGCUUUGCUGAAUGUCGUUGUGAAGCAAACAACGAGGCCACCGUCUGGUCGUGACCUUCGGCAUCGGGCACGUGUUAAGCAGGGUAAACUUUUUAUGAUUGAUCUUGCGGGUUCUGAAAGAGCGAAGCAAACAAAGAAUCAAGGAAAACGUCUUCAAGAAGGCGCGCAUAUUAAUAGAUCCCUUCUCGCACUCGGUAACUGUAUAACGGCAUUGUCUGGCGGCGCACGUUACGUCAAUUAUCGGGAUUCAAAGCUCACGAGACUUCUGAAGGAUGCACUUGGUGGUAAUUGCCGGACUGUGAUGAUCGCUCACGUUUCACCUUCGGCUUCUCAUCGUGAAGAAAGCAAAAACACACUAAUGUACGCAGAUCGCGCUAAUCGUAUCACUAAUAAAGUCGAACAGAAUAUCGUCGAUGUCAAUUAUCAUGUGACGCAGUACCGCGACAUCAUAAGUGAUUUAAAAAAUGAAAUAUCUAGAUUGAGAACUAAAAUGCAUGAUACCGAGAGACCGGAUACGCAGGAAAGAAUUUCUUUGGCUAAAGGAAAUGAUCUGAGAAGUUUGCGUGAAAAAAUAGUCUCAGCAUUUAAAGAACAAAUGCGACUUAGGCGUAAACUUAUGGAAUUAGAUAGUCAUCUACUGGGUCUUAAUAUAGCCGCUGAACAGCAGCAUGCAAUUAUUUCACACUGGGAGUCGAGGAAUAAUAAACUUUAUAAAGCUACCAAAGAAAAUACUAGACGAAGAUCCAGCGCUGAUAGUCAGAUUGAUGAAACUGAAAAUGAAGAUUUAAUUGAAGAAUAUGAAGUUGAUGAUAUGACUGUACAGCAAGCGUGGACAGAACUAUCAGAAAUAAAUAAAGAGCAAGAACGUUAUACUGAAAUACGAGCGACAACUGAGCGGGAAUUAGAAAAUUGUCGGCAGCGAAGUUCAUCCCUUGAAGAUGAAUUGCCCGCGAGAAUAAAUUCUGAGGAAGAACGUGAGCUCUUAGCACUGAUGCUACGCGUCCACGAAUUGGAAGCAGACAAAAUGAUGUUGCAAAGUGAAAGAUUAGUCAAACAGCAUGAGCUUAGAAGACGAGAACUUCUGCUACUGAGAUAUGAUCGUCAGCGUCAGAUUUCUGAUGAAAUUAUAACGCGGCAGCGGAGAAUUAUGGAAGAUGGAAAACUGGCGCUCCCGUCAGAUUUACAAGAGUUAUAUAUAAUGUAUCAACAAGAAAUUCAUGCUGCUGCUUACAACGAUAGCAAUUUAGUUGAUUUAUCAGUAUCUUCCAUGCUAUUUAAUAACCGUCUGCCACCAAUAAAUCGUGGUAUUCAUUUUGAAAGUCUUGAUGACACAAGAUUACCCAGCAGCUCAACAGAUUCUGAUUGGGAGUCUCCGUUACCACCAAUACCAGAGCCACAGGAAAUUGAAAAUGUAAUGGGUCCAGUUGUUCGGCCAUUAGUAUCACCAUCAGUUUUUUUCCCGCCAAUAUCCAGCUCUAAAAGAAAAAAUCAGGAAAAUAAAUUGCGUAGAGUUGCAAGUGAUAAUAAUGUAAAUUCACCAAAAAAUUUACGGGAUUCACGACUAAAGGCAUAAGCUCUUCGCAUCGUUAAUCGUUAAUAUAAAAUAAAUAAAUAAAAUUAGCAGUAACGAGC